CUUUAAAGGAAUAUGGGAUGAGUCUGUUGAAUGGAGCUCAGAGUGAAGUCUGCACAGAAAGCGAAGGACGAGCAGCAGCGGGACGGAGGUUGGACACAAGACAUGAAACCCUGAGAGGAAGAUAAAUGAAUGAGCCAUGAGAGCGGAGAGAAAGUCGACGGAGUGAAGAGGAAGUUAUGAGCCGAAUUGCGACGAAUUACCGGGGAAGGUGUCUGUGAAAGCCGAGUGAAGGGGGAGGAAGAGACAACAAAGUCACAAGUGCAGUCAGGAGGCAGAUUUUCUGAGUCCUCGCCAUGGCCGACGUGCUGGAGAGCGGCGGGGGUCCGGGGGCCGUCAGAGUGGCCAGCGUGGAUUGGCAGAAGCGCUGCAUGGCUCUGGAGAUGCAGCUGCUGAGGUUCAGACUGCAGGCGGGGAAAAUACGAGAGCUGCUGGCAGAGAAGAUGCAGGAGCUGGAGCAGAGGGUGAUCGAGUCUGACCAGCGAGCUGAGAGUGCUGAGAAACAGAUCCAUGUCAUGGAAGAAAAGCUGAAGUCUGCAAACAUACAAACCAGCGAAUCAGAGAGCUCGUUGUACAGAAAGUAUCAAGAGCUGACCAAUCAGGUUCAAGAAAAAGAUGCUGUGAUAAAGAGAUUAGAGGUGCAGCUGGAAAAACAGAUCUUAGUCAGAGCCCAGGAGGCCAAAGUUAUCGAGGAGAAGGCGGCCAAGAUUAAAGACUGGGUCACCUUUAAGCUUAAAGAGAUGGAGCAAGAGAACCAGAAGCUUAAAAUGGCCAACCUGAAGCAGACAGAACAGAUAAUGCUGCUGCAGGACAAACUACAAGCUCUCUUAGAGAAACAUGCCUCCUCUGGAUCUCCUGCCACCUCUCCUGUAAUGGAUACCCACCUGGUGCCCAGCAGCCCGCUGUUUCCCCCCAGCUGCCCCGAGACCCCACCUGCACCGGAGGACUGCUGGAGGCAGGCCGGCCCCCGAGGAGCCUCUCACAUCAAGACCUCGCCCACAGACGUGAAGCAGAGCAGUAAAGCGGUUUGUCUCGGGGACCUGAGGGCCCAUGACACGGUGUCUAACAGUGGUCCCGAGCAGCUGGUGGUCCCCGAGGGUCCGGCAGGAGGCUCUGAUAGAGACAACUCCUCCGAUGAGCUCAACAGCAAGUUCCGCUCUCAGUGCCUCCACUCCUCCUCUUCCUCCUCCUCUUCCUCCUCAGCCUACGAGAUGGCCCACGGCCCGAGCUCCCCGGAGUUGUCCCUCAGGAUAACCCCCAAAAGCCCCCUCCUGUCGCGCUCCCCCUCCACCAACAACCCCUUCCCCAAUCCUUCAGUUCACCAAUCAGGCGCCAGCAUGACGCUCCCUAAAGUCCGGACCCCCCUCACCCCCAGGGACAGCAUCCAGCUGGUGAAGAAGCACUACAGCCAGCCGCAGCCCAGCCUGGACCGCCUGCAUCAGCUCAACGUCAGCAUCGACAUCAUGAGCCCCUCCUCCACCUGCUCCACCCUCAAGAGCUCGGGCACCUCGCCCUUCUCGCAGGUUGUGGAGGAGACGGACAUUGAUGAUGGGCUCCCCGACAGCAUGGACGGGGUGGUGGAGGAGUCUGGUUUAGAGGAGCUGUGCCGGGGGGGGGUCUCCUCCUCCGUGGGUCUCCCAGACGAACAGGAUCAGCUCGAUCCUCCGCCAACACCUCCGUUACACCGCUUCCCUUCAUGGGAGAGUCGGAUCUACGCUGUGGCAAAGUCAGGAAUGAGAGUAUCUGAGGCGAGUCCUGGAGCCAGGGGCCCCGGGCGAGGGUCCACCUUACCCCAAUAUCCAGCGGCAGGUCCGUUCACCCAGUUGAUCUACAAGAAUAUCAAUGUACCGGUCUACACCACACUGAAAGGGAAAGCCACUCAGAUCAGCAGCGUUCCUCUGCCUGACGAUGACUCCGGGUCUGAGGACGACAGCAGCUCUCUGGCCAGUUUACGCACCUCCAUCCUGAUCCCCGACAAGAAGGGCAGCGUCCCCGGGAGCCCCAGAGCCGCCAAGAGAGGUGUGUCCAUGUCCUCCAUCAGCUCAGAGAGCGAUUAUGCCAUUCCUCCAGAUGCAUACUCCCUGGACAGCGACUACUCUGAACCAGAACACAAAGUCCAGCGGACCUCCUCCUACUCCUGCGAGAGCACCGGGUCUGAGAUGCUGGAGAAGUCGGGGUACCUGCUGAAGAUGGGCAGUCAGGUGAAGGCCUGGAAACGCCGCUGGUUCAUCCUGAGGAACGGAGAGAUUCUCUACUACAAAUCUCCUAGUGACGUGAUCAGGAAACCUCAGGGUCAGAUCGAGCUGAACUCGGCCUGCAGUAUAGUCCGGGGAGAAGGAGCUCAGACAUUUCAACUGAUCACAGAGAAGAAGACCUUCUAUCUGACCGCCGACUCUCCCAACAUCCUGGAGGAGUGGAUCCGGGUCCUGCAGAACAUCCUCAGAGUCCAGGCCAGCAGCCCCGUUACCGUGGAGACCACCACCGCCAGGCCCACUGUGAGGGGCUGGCUCACAAAGGUCAAACACGGACACUCUAAGCUGGUGUGGUGUUCUUUGGUUGGAAAAUCCUUCUACUACUAUCGUAAUCAGGAAGACAAGUUGCCUCUGGGUCAGCUGCAGAUACGCUCCGCCUCCGUACAGGAAGUGGAUCGCUCCUGUGACUCGGAUGAGGACUAUGAAUCCGGCAAUCGAGGAUUCCUCUCCUCACACUGCACCUUGGUGGUCCAACCCCGAGACCAGAGUCCUACAUACCUGCUCAUCGGCACCAAGCAGGAGAAGGACACAUGGCUGUAUCACCUGACAGUGGCUGCCGGCAGCUGUGCAAACUUUAAAGUGGGAACAGAGUACGAGCAGCUGAUCGGUAAACUCCUCGAUGCAGAGGGAGACCCAGAAUCCUCCUUGUGGAAGAGCGAGGCCUUGAGCUUCUGUAAGGAGGGUCUGCACUCGCCUCUCAGCACUCUGCCCUCUGAAGCUCUGCAGACUGAAGCUCUCAAGCUAUUCAAGUCCUGUCAGCUCUUCAUCAACGUCCUGGCUGAGUCUCCUUCAGUCGACUACCACACCUCGCUGGCCCAGAAUGCUUUGCAAGUGUGCCUGACCCACCCCGAGCUGCAGAAUGAAGUUUACUGUCAGCUGAUCAAGCAGACCAACCGCCGGACACCUCACAACUACUCCCUCACACAGUGCUGGCAGCUGUUGUCUCUGUGUGUGGCUCUGUUCCUGCCUCAGCAACAUUUCCUGUGGUACCUGAAACAGUACCUGCAGCGCAACGCCGACCCAAAGAGUGAGGUGGGGAAGUAUGCCGUGUACUGUCAGAGGUCUGUGGAGCGGACACUGCAGAACGGAGAGCGAGAGGCCAAACCUUCCCGAAUGGAGAUCGUCUCCAUCCUGCUGAGAAACCCCUACCACCACUCACUGCCGUUCAGCAUCCCAGUGCACUUCAUGAACAACACCUACCAGGUGGUGGGUUUCGACGGCUCCACCACAGUGGAAGAGUUCCUCCACACGCUGAACCAGAGGAUCUGUGUGAGGAAGCCUCAGCUGUCGGGCUUUGCUCUCGUCACUGACGAUCCAUCGGGGAGAGACCUGGAGCACUGCCUGCUGCCGUCUGCCAAGAUCUGUGAUGUCAUAUCCAAGUGGGAGCAGGCCCUGAAGGAGUUGCAUCCUGGGAAAAAUGAGGGGACACGGAUUGUGCGUCUCACAUAUAAAAGCAGGUUGUGUUUCAGAGGUCAGGUGAAAGGAGAGACGGAGCGAGAGCGCCUCCUGCUGGCGUACCAGGUGAACGAUGAAGUGCACAAAGGCCACUUCCCUGUGAACAAAGAGCUGGCUCUGGAGGUGGCUGCCCUCAUGGCACAGGUUGAGCACAGUGACCUGGAGAAACCCGCUGCCUCCUCUCCUGCUGCGUCUCCUCAGCCCAAGUCCCAGCUGAUCCUCCUGCAGGCCUUGGAGCGAUUCUACCCCAAACGCUACAAACAGGACUGCAGCUCAGAGCAGCUCAGAGAUCUGACUGAGCGUCUGGCCACUAAGUGGUCCAUGCUACGUGGGUGCAGUGCACCUGAGUGUGUGAGAAUAUAUCUAACUGUGGCUCGGAAGUGGCCCCUGUUUGGAGCCAAACUCUUCAGCGCCAAGCCGGUCCCCCCAUCUCCUGUCGAGCAGAGCCAAGGGUGGCUGGCAGUCAAUGAAGAUGGACUGUGUGUGCUGGACUACACAAUGCACACGCUGGUCACAUACUCCUACCAGUCUGUGAUCACAUUCGGAGGUUUCCGUGACGAUUUCAUGGUGGUCACGAGCCAGCAGAGGGAGCCUGGAGUCGGGAAGAAGAGCGUGGAGAAGCUGGUCUUUGUGAUGGCCAAACCAAAGAUUCUGGAGCUCACUCUGCUCAUGGCCAGCUACAUCAACCACUGGACCCCCGGCCCCCCGUCGGCCGCCCAGCAGCCCCUCGGCCACUGGGACGUAGACAGCCGCCACUUCCCCGCCAUGAACUACACCACCAAGGGCCCCACACUACUGUGAAAUAUGCAAACAGCAAGACUGUUAAACUACAGGGAGGCUCAGCAACAUUACCUUUUAGUUAAAUGCAUCGGGUUUCAUGUCAGAGUUUUUACAGAAGAGAUUAUUUUUUCCUUUUUUUAUGAAGAUUUAGAAAUGUCAGAAAAAGUCUUGUUAGACUAUUUAUUUCAACAACAAAAGAGUGUUUCAACUCUGCUUUAUUUAGAUGUAAGGUUUUAAUUCCUUGUUGGAAUAAUUUGCAUAAUACAGAAGUGGCUUAGAGGACACAUUUCCACCCGCAGUGUCGUCCUGUUAGUCGCCUUUAUUUUGACAGUGGUGCGUUCAGGCUCUUCCUGUCAUGAGCUGAGAGCUGCUUGGACUGGAACACAGUGUUCUGUGUCACUGUGUCGCUGUACCAGGAUUAUUAACUCAUACUUGACGAUGAACCAGAGUUGAAAUCAUUCAGGAGGUACUGUGCAUUCAGAAAGGGAUUGAUAUGUCAUACAGUAUGACACUUUUUAGCAUCUUAAUUUGAUACAAACCAUAUCUAAUAUGAAUUAAAGUAAGAAAUUAAACAAACAGAUAUUUGAAUGAUGGACUAAUCUGAUUCUUUUCUCAAUUCAUUGAUUCAUUAUUUGGUCUGUAAAGAAUCUGAAAUACGUUGAAAUAGUGUUUUUCUGAAAACCAAAGAUAUUAAUUUUUAAUCUUAACGAAAAAAGAGCACAAAUAUUAGCAUUUGCUAAAAUCACUGCAUUUGUGUAACUAAAAAAUUAUGAUAAAUCAAUUGUUUGAAUAGUUAGAUUAUUUUCGGUAGGUAAACUAAUCAAUAAAACAACUAUUUGCGUAUAAAGUCGACUAAAUCCUCGACUAAAAACCCCACAAAGAAAAUGUAAGAAACCUUUUUUUAAUCCUAUUAUCAUUUGUUUUGAACCCUAACCUAAUAUGUAGCCCAAAGCAGUCCAAGUAACAGUAAAGUAUCUGCUGUUGCUGCAGUACUAUAAUAAUGUGACGGAGACACACAGGUACAGGACAGGAUGUAAAAAGCUGUUUAACAGUGAAGGUACUGUGAGUUUAAUGAAACCUGUUUGUGUGUUACUUCUCUGAUGGUCCUCUCAUUACACAUACAGCAUAUUAAUAAUCAGGUCCCUCAGUGUUUUAAUAAUCAACACAAAAGGAGAAAACUAAUACAUAAAAUAAUAGCUACCAAAAUAUUUGAAUGACUUGAACUGUUUUGGAUCAAACCACUUUCUUGCUCAUGUCCAUAUUAGUUAUUUAUUUGUAUUUCAAACAUGUUUUUGGCUUUUGCUUUGUAGGGUACACAUGUUUUUGUCACAUGAAUAUUUUGGGAAAGGUUCAGCUUCCUUUAUGUCGAGUAAUUUAAGAGCAGAGUAUGUUUGUGACUGUGUCUGUACUGCGAUGUGUCACAAUGUUUGAAAGAUGGUGUCUUUAUGUUUGAGUGUGUGGGAAAAAAAUAAACGGUACAAUAUG